GGGCCAGACCCCAGCCGAGUGAGCUUCUCUUGCAUGGAAACCCUGCUUCCUUGGCAGCUUUCGCUUCUCCCCAGAGCUAGCAGCCAGCAUGGCAGGAUGAGCGUCUGCCAGCGAUGAUGAUGGCCAAAAAACAAGAUCCCCGGGCACCCACCUACAACCUGAUUGUGGUUGGGCUGUCUGGUACGGAGAAGGAUAAAGGCCAGUGUGGUGUUGGCAAGUCCUGCCUCUGCAACCGCUUUGUACGGCCAAGUGCAGAUGACUUCUACCUGGACCACACCUCUGUUCUCAGCACCAGUGACUUUGGAGGCCGCGUUGUGAACAAUGAUCACUUCCUGUUCUGGGGAGAGUCUGGGAGGACUAUGGAAGAGGGGCCAGAAUGCCGCGUCAAUGUGGUGGAGCAGACUGAAUUCAUUGAUGAUCAGACGUUCCAGCCACACCGUAGCACGGCACUCCAGCCUUACAUCAAGAGGGCAGCUUCCACCAAGCUUGCAUCAGCUGAGAAGUUGAUGUAUUUCUGCACAGACCAGCUUGGGCUGGAGCAGGACUUUGAGCAAAAGCAGAUGCCCGAAGGCAAGCUUAUGGUGGAUGGCUUCUUACUCUGUGUGGAUGUUAGCAGAGGUAUGAAUCGUAGUUUUGAGGAUCAGAUGAAGUUUGUCAGCAAUCUUUAUAACCAGCUAGCCAAAACAAAGAAGCCUGUGGUAAUGAUUCUCACAAAAUGUGAUGAAGGAGUUGAGCGCUAUAUUAAAGACUGUCACACUUUUGCCCUGGCUAAGAAGAACCUACAGGUUGUAGAAACAUCAGCACGCUCCAAUGUUAAUGUUGAUCUAGCCUUUCUAACACUUGUCCAGCUGAUAGACAAGAGCAGGGGCAAGCCCAAGAUUAUACCUUACUUUGAGGCACUGAAACAGCAGAGUCAACAGAUUGCCUCAGCCAAAGACCACUACGAGUGGCUGGUCACCCGAAUUGUUAGGAACCACAAUGAGACUUGGCCAACUGUCACCCGUCGCAUGCAAACAGCCAAUGAGUACAAGGACUAUGUUUUUCUUGAGGGGACGGCUAAAGCUAAGAAGCUCUUUCAGCAGCAUGUGCAUAGACUUAAACAGGAACACAUAGAGAAACGCCGGAAGAGUUACUUGAGCGCUCUCCCACAGGCUCUGAGCAUCCUCUUACCAGAGUUAAACGAGAUAGACCACUUGAGCUGGUCUGGAGUUCAAAAAGUCCUGGAAACAAAGAGAGAUUUCUCUGUGUGGUUUGUUGUACUAGAUGAUACCCCUUGGGAGACCACACCACACAUUGAUAACAUUGAAGAUGACCGAAUCCCCCAGGACCUCCUCGAGACACCAGCAGCAGAAAUAAUCUAUGAUGCCCACCUGGAACUUCUUAGGAAUGAGCGCAAACGAGCUGAGAUGAGAUGGGAGUUCAAGGAGAAGCUAAGUGUUUCUCCUUUUAUCACGCCAGGAAAACCUUGGGAGGAAGCCCGCAGUUUCAUCAUGAAUGAAGAUUUCUACCAGUGGCUGGAUGAAGCUGAAUAUUUAGAUAUCUACAACAAACACCAGAAGGAAAUCAUUGACCGGGCCAAAGAAGACUUUCAAGAACUACUCCUCGAGUACUCUGAGCUCUUUUAUGAGUUAGAAGUGGAUGCUAAACCAAGUAAAGAGAAAAUGGGAGCCAUUCAGGAGGUGUUGGGUGAGGAGCAAAGAUUUAAAGCCUUGCAAAAGCUGCAAGCAGAAAGGGAUGCACUUGUUUUGAAACAUAUCCACUUUGUCUACCAUCCAACAAAGGACACUUGCCCCAACAGUCCACACUGUGUGGACAGUAAAAUAGAGCAAAUAUUGGCCUCCAGGUUCCCUACUCGCUAUCCCUCAUCAGACACUGCAAGACUGGAUGGAGGGAGGGCUGAACGGAUAAAUUUGGUCAUCUUAGGAAAAGAUGGGCUGGCCAGAGAGAUGGCAAACGAAAUAAGGGCUUUGUGCAGCAGUGAUGAUCGGUACGUGUUAGAUGGCAAGAUAUAUGAGUUAACCCUUCGCCCCAUAGAAGGCAAUGUACGUCUCCCAGUCAACUCCUUCCACACACCAACAUUUACACCCCAUGGCUGUCUAUGUUUGUACAAUUCAAAGGAAUCUCUAUCCUAUGUCGUUGAGAGUUUAGAGAGACUUAGAGAGUCAACUAUAAGCAGACGAGAAAGGGAAAACAGCUUAGCUCAACUCCCACUGUCCCUUCUUCUCGUCACUAAGCGAGGGGUGGGGUCCAUAGGGGAUAUUGGAGGGGAGACGGCUCAAACUCUUAUUCAUCAAGGGCAGGUGGAGGCCAUAAAGUUGCAGUGUGCCUACCUGGAGCCUGCCUCUCCAGGCAUGGGAUAUGGCCGCAAUGUCAGCGACAAGCAGAUUGGCCAGUUGCUGAGGAGCGUCUUAGAAACGAGGAGAAAUGUAGGGAGCAGCUCCCCUCCAUUGCUUCACCCGUCUUCUGCCUUCAGAGACUCUCAGUCCCAGCAAACGGUCGAGGCAGACAUAAGGAUAGUCAUGUGCCUAAUGUGUGGAGACACGUAUGAUCUAGACCAGCUCCUUGCUCCUUUUCUUUUGCCUCAACAUUGCCGUCCUGCCUCCAGCCUAAGCAGUGGCACAUCAGUUUUUCUGGACCUCAAUAUUGGAGGACAGAGGCAGAACAUGGAGCUGUCACUGCUCUCCUUCCAUUCCUCAUUCUCUCUCCGCAAAACUGGGCUGGUCCAUGGCUUCAUUGCAGUUUAUUCGGCUCGUCGCAAGGCUUCAAUGGAGACACUGUGUGCUUUCCUCUGUGAGGUCCAGGACAUCAUUCCAGUUCAGUUGUUAGCCGUGGGGGAGAGUCAGAUGGAGCUGUCAAACUCAGAAUCCGCUAAGGAGCAAGUCAAUCAAGGAGAGGAACUGGCCCAUGAAAUAGAUGCCAGGUUUAACACGAUAAUAUGCGGACAUGGUGGGGUCGUGGGGGGACUUCAUAAGAUAGACCUUUUCCAACCCUUUCUCAAAGAGGUUAUGGAAAAGCGCACUAUUGUUGAGGCUACACACAUGUAUGACAAUGUUGCCGAGGCAUGCACCAGUGAGAGCGUUAGCCCUCGUCGUGGCUCUCCCAGUCCAGUCAACAUUCAAAUCGACUCUGAGGACGAUCUUGAUCCGUCACCACCUUACCCUACUCUUAGGGAGGAUGGCAGUCUCAGCUCGCACUUGGGAAGCUUCAAAAUGCCUGAUUUGGAUUCAAGUGAUCCAUUUUCGGUCAUUUCUGAACUUACGACUUUUGAGAGCAAGCUGAACAACAAAAUUCCCCCACAAGUGAAGCCCAAACCUGUCCGUAAGGUUAACCUCAGCCCCUUUGUGGAACAGCAAGGUGGAACCAACCGACGAUCCCUGCCCCAAACUGUGACCUGGGCUCCAGGUAGCGAUGGUGGCUAUGACCCUUCAGACUACGCAGAGCCUAUGGAUGCUGUGAGCAAACCUCGGUCCACAGAGGAGGAGAAUAUAUACUCUGUCCCCCAUGACAGCACACAGGGCAAGAUUAUCACCAUCCGUAAUGCUAACAAAGGUCAUGCUAAUGGAAGUGCAGGGGGAAAUGGUUCAGACAGUGAGGCUGAUAGCAGUUCAUUGGAGCGCAGAAGGAAGUUGUCUGCCAUCAGGGCGAAGCCAAAACUUUACAGAGACAGAUCCAAAAGGCUUGGGAAAUUCAGCAGCUUUAGGACAAGCUUCUCUAUUGGCAGUGAUGAUGAGAUGGGAGGCCCACCAAAAACUAGCCAUGAUGAGGGGUCCCAAAAGGACCACUUGAUUGAGGAGAGUGAGGAUCCUAAAAGAAGAAAUAUCCUCAAGAGCCUGCGCCGAAAUACGAAGAAACAACCACGACCCAAACCCAGGAAUUCCAUCUCGAAACCUAUUGAAAGCAACUACUUUGGCAUGCCCCUAGCCACUGUGGUCACACCAGAGAGGCCGAUCCCAAUCUUCAUCGAGAGGUGCAUCCGUUUCAUUGAGACAACAGGGCUGAGCACAGAGGGCAUCUACAGGGUUAGCGGAAACAAGGCAGAAAUGGAGAGCUUGCAACGGCAGUUUGACCAAGACCACAGCCUGGAUCUGGUGGAGAAAGACUACAGCAUCAACACAGUAGCAGGAGCGAUGAAGGCUUUUUUCUCUGAGCUCCCUGAUCCUCUGGUACCCUACAGUAUGCAGACAGACCUGGUGGACGCCUUCAAGAUGAGCGAUCGGGAGCAACGCUUCCAGACGAUGAAGGACAUUCUGCGUCGCUUUCCCAGGGAGAAUUACGAGGUCUUCAAAUAUGUCAUCAGUCACUUGAACAAGGUGAGCCAGAACAAUAAGUUGAACCUGAUGACCAGUGAGAACCUUUCCAUUUGUUUCUGGCCUACGCUCAUGAGACCGGACUUUACCACCAUGGACGCUUUGACUGCAACCCGCACCUACCAGACAAUCAUCGAGAGCUUCAUCCACCAGUGCAUGUACUUCUUCUACAAUCAGCCCCUGGCCGACGGCCUCCCAGGUUCCCCCACCUCCACGCUGUCCGGGGGAGGAACUUCAGCCUACUCUUGCAUGGCCGGGGGCUAUUCGUCCUCACCGACUCCAUCCCCGACUCCCUAUGUGCUCCCCGCUACCCCUCCUGUCAUCCCCCACUACGGGCCCCCUAUCCACCAUCACCACCACCUCCAGCAUCAGCAUCAGUCCCCAUCCCACUCCCCGCCUCCCACUCCCCAGUCCCCGAUCCCUGCACUGCUGCCCCCCUCCCUGCACCCCCAUCACACCCCAACGGAACAACACACACUGUGAACAAGGGAUCAAGGGAACAAGGAAAGCUGGGGGGGGGAUAAUGAAAAUCGGAGUGAAUCGGAAGAAUCGGGAUCAGACAUUUUCAAGUUUGGGGAGGAACUGGGAAAGAAUUUUGAGAGAAGCGGGAGAUAGGAAGUGAAGUUGGGAGAGAUUGAGCGAGAUGCAGUAUGUACAGGGAUAAACCUUAAUGUUUGGGAGAAGAUGGGGGGGCAUUUAAGCUUCACUUGCUUUUAAAUAAAACAGACUCACACACGGACCAGGAUGGGGAAUAAUGAAGAGCCUCUGAACUGGCAGUAUGACCUUUAUCCCACCCUGACACUUCACCCCUUUGUCUCUCAGUCUCACUUGAUUUAGACCUUCCCUCCUUGCCUUAUAGUGAAUCUUCAGACAAACACUAAUGAGGAGCAAGACGUUUGCCAGUAGUUGUUAAAGGGACUCAGGGAGGGAUUAAGAAGGAAAGUAUGAUGGGGGAUGUGAACUCUGCUAAACUGGGAUUUCCACAGCUUACACGACCACACAGGCACGCACUGGACACAAACACGCAAACGGCCGGAGAGGCCUCGGGCAGCCAUUCUUCUCAUUCCCCUCAGCUGGGGAAAUUAGGUGACCGGUGUGCGUGUUUUCCAGAGCAGUCCACCUGCUGCGUCUACCUGGAGGGCUGUGGCCAGGGGACAGAGCGGAGCAGAGAGAGGGGGGGGGGGGAUGUUGUGGACACAUGUUUGUUUGUUUCACCACUGUACAAAAGACUUGCGCAAGAAACACGUGUUACUACUCACCCAACAGGAUGUUCUGUCCCUGGCGACUCACAAAUUCCUAUCUGUCAACUGCCUGCACAGACACAGACACACAAGCGCACACACAC